UAAUUCAACUCCCUUAAAUAAGUGUCGUACAUAGAAUUAGCUCGAUUAUGCUGGUUAAAUCUCUCGCAUGUGUCAUCGCCGCGAUAUCGCGAUAACGAGCGUGUCGAAAUGUCUCUCAUUGUGCACGAAAGGUUCAACGACUCCGUCAGGAUCAUUUCCAUUGUUCUCGGAUGUUUAAAAUAAUUGCCAUGUAAUCUUUGCAUUAAUGUAAAUGUCAUUAACCAGUUUGUAUCAGAAACACAUGUGAACACGUUCAAAACACAUAUAUGAAAGGUAAUGGCUCAUCGUUCUCAAAACUAUGGAUCUACGGAUCAGCGGGUGGAUGUACCUGAAAUAGGAUUUAGUCCCACUGAGCUUUAUAGUCUCAGUGAAAAUAUUACCACUAACAUAUACACAAUUAACACAAGUUGGAAGACAUUGGAGAGAGCUUAUAAGAACAUUGGAACCAGCAAGGAUAAUCAAGGCUUAAGAGACAAAGUGCAUGUAACACAAUUAAGUACUAAUCAGGUAGUCACACAGACGAGCAAAGAUAUAGCAAGACUGACGGUGUUGAUGAGGCGUGGUGAUAAGCAGCAGAAAUUACAAAUUGAGAAACUCACGACCGACUUCAAAGACGCAUUACAGAGAUAUUCCGAUAUGCAGAAGUCGAUUGCGGAGAAGAUGAAGAGACAUAUUUUAGCUAUGACUAAUAUAGAAAAUUCGUUGGACGGGGAGGAUGCUGAGGAAACGCAACGCUUACUUCAAGCGCAGGAACAGGAGCACAGAACCACACAAAGGACACUGGAGUUUCAACAGGGGCUACUGUUAGAGAGAGAGGAUAGGAUAAAAAGAAUCGAGGGCGACAUUCUGGACGUGAACCAAAUUAUGCGCGAGCUCGCAGCAUUGGUGUAUCAGCAGGGCGAUACCAUUGAUACAAUUGACAACCACAUAGAGAAUGUACACGGUAACGUCGAGCUGGGCGCGCAGGAGUUAGUGAAGGGAAGUAAUUACCAAAGUAAAUUUCGUCGGAAAGUUUAUAUUUUGUUGUUACUUGCGAUUAUAGUUGCCAUUGUAUUAACUGUUAUUCUAGUCAUUAAAUUAAGUUAGCGCGGUCCUAGCCUUUGCGGAUAUUAUUGAUAUAUGAAAAGGGUUGUCUCAAUCUAUCUCGUGCAUUGUUCGAAAAAGGUUCCUUUUAAGGAUUAUCGUGUUUUCUUCAUUUCUGUAUUGGAAAUGUAAUAUGAGGAGAAUACAGAGACUUUAUAUUUGCUUACGAAUGAAUUUGCAAUAAAUAUCUCCUGUAUUCGGAGAAAUCAGCCAUUUAAACAUUUUAUAUAUAAAUAUAUCAGUAUUCAAUAGUUUUACAUGUAAAAUAUCAAUUCUUAUAGGUCUUUUGUCUUAUUUUUUUUGCACUUUAGCUUAAUUACUAUUUUUGAGUUAAAUAUUGAAGCAUUGACCAAAAUGAACAAUGGCAUUGUCAACUUGUAGCUGUCUUCUAGUGUCAUUUUUAUUUCAAAAACAAUUUCUUGCUGAUAUCGAUUACUUUCUAUUAAUAUCGUUUCAUGCAAUUUUUUGAAUUCGAUAUUUUAAAUCUAUGAUCUAUUUUAUAUGAUUGCAUAAUCUAUUUAAAAAAAA